UCCCAUUUUCUUGUUGAGCGAGCGGACAGUGAGGAGACACAUCUGCAUUACAUAGAAGAGAGGGAACGCGAAGGCUUGUGCUGGCACAGCUUCAUCAACGGAAGGCUUGUUUUUCGUAUAAUUCAGCAGUUAUUUACUCGCUGAAAGUGAAACUGGAUCUGUAGCACGGACGCUGCUACAAUCCGUCGCAGUAUUUUUGCAAAAGGACACUCAACGUCCGAACGAUCAAGAUGUGGCCCUUCAUUGUGGGAAUGUGCGCAUUCAUCAUCUGGAUUGCGGUCGACUACUGAACUGCCGGGUCGUCUUCGUGCUGUUUGGUGUCUGUUGGCGGCCCCUGCAAAAAGAGAAGAUCCUCACGUCGACAUUACGUCGACGUCCUCUCUUUACCGCGCUGCGGCCAAGUAAGUACCUCGUGACCGUGCCUAGUAGCGCGGUCCGGGGGAGAAGAUAGAAUCAUAGUCGUGGCGCAAACAUGGUGCUGUACUUCCUCCGCCCUUCACGCUCGGUUGAGGACGUGCGGUUUCCUAUUACAAUGAAAAAUGCCUCCUCCCCAUAUCAAAACGGAAAUCUGUGAUGCAGAUUUGUGGUCACAUAUCAGCUUUGUGAUGCUAGAAGGCAAAAGAUGCGGACUGUAGUGCUGUCUAGCGUGGGAAAGCCUUGCAGCUCCAGGAUGACAGGAGGCAACUGGAAGUGGGAAACAGCAUGACAGAUUACCUGCAAUUUAGGCCGCAGCUUCGUCUCCUGGCCUUCUAGCAAUACAAGUUGAUUUGUGUACUCAAAUACAGCAUAACAAAUUCGCGCAUCUUCCGUUUCCGAUACGGGGGUGUCCACUACAUGAUGAUGAUGACGGGGUGGGGGCUUUUUUCACUUUGAAAUUUCCUGGCUUCCUCCUGGGCGUCCACAACGUCUUCAAGUGCUUCCAGUACGGCCUUGCCGCCGGCUUCGUCGGCGGCGCGGUCUUGUGCUCACGAAAGGGCAACCUGAGUUGGGCGUUGCUCAGGCACGACUGCACGAUUGGCAUGCGAAAUAUGGCCUUGUUCACCACUCCGGUGCUGGCACCGGUACGUUGAAUUUAGUUGCUUGUUUGGCCGUUGAACGUCUUUGGCCCUAGUAUAAUUCAUCUGCAUGCUUCUAAAAAAGAAAGCGGGGCAGAACUACCAGCAGCACCGGGGUAAGCUCGACGCAGAAAAAGAAAGCAAUACUAUAGUAUACUUCAGUAUACUACGAUGUAUACAAACAUGGUACAAGAUGAAAAUGAAAAUUCUGAGGUAGUAACCGCUCGGCAGCUGUGGAAUUGCGAAAGUCUAGAGGAUCUGGAUUGCAAAAAUGUCUGGGUCUGGAAGAAUGCAGGAAUUUGUCAUGCAGGUUUUGCAUGACCGAUGAGGUCUGUGAUGCAUGCCCUAGCAUCAGAGAUUUUGCGAGGGCUCUCUGAUGCUCAUACCGCAUGAGAAAUGCCCUCUCCGCGUAGCACAAAUUACACCUCUUUUGCUGUUCAUGCAAUACAGAUUUUAGGUAGAUUCCAAAAGUAGCAUCACAAGUUGCAUUCUUCCAGACCCAGACACUUUUGCAUUUGAUAGAGGAAAAGAAGGAGCUUGCGUACAACGUUCAACACGAUAAAGCUGUGAACCGCUUGCACCUCCUAACCCUCUACGGCAUCGCAGCCGGGUAUGGAAACGUCAGGUUUGAAAUCCUCAAAGUUGAAAUAAUUUGUAAUGCAUAAAAUGCAUGACCCGAGGCACGUGCGUUGCAGAGCAGGCAAGUGAGGCCGAUUGUAAGCCUGUUUGGGGUUACAGCUCGAGCUGCUAGAGUAGCAUGAGAAAAUCACUCUUCUUUGCCUAAACAGCAUGACAAACUGGACUUAGGGACCAUCAAAAUUUGUCAUGCGCCACUUGGAAACUGGGUUCCAACUGGCAUCCAUUUUAUGCAUGACAAAUUAUUUCAACUUUGUCGAUUUCAACUCUGACACAUCCAUACCGGGGUUCUGUGCUCCAGACGCCUGCAGGGACUGGAUUUGACACAUCCGAAGGGCAUGCUCAGCACUGAGGUUGGUGAAGCUGUUACUUAGUUUUUUUUGUGCAUCUUCGCUUACACUUGUUCGUUUAUAGAAGAACAUCGCGACCGGUUCGUGGUUCGUUCGGUCUUACAGUGAUUAAUCGUACAAAAUGCAAAAUUCCAAAUCCAUAUCCAUCGGAAACAGGUUUUCGGAGUCCGGGGCGGCGGAGUCGCGUUAGGGGGUUUUGGCGGCUACUGCAGCGAUUUCCCCGUUUCCGUCUUCGUCCCCAUCUACGUUUCCCACGUGGACGAUAUACCGGUCUUCUGGCCAUGGCUUGCGGGGUUGGACGAUGACGACUGAGGCGCGGCUGAAGAUGAGGAAUCCCUUAUUUAGCCCUGCUGUGGCUGUGGGAGGCAGAGGGUCCUCGUCCUUGGAGGCUUCGCCUUUGCCGCAACCAGGCCAACCUUCGUGGCAGACCUGGUCGUACUAGCAGACGAGCGACUAGAGCUAUUGAGUACAACAGGUUCAAAAAUGAAGACAUGGAUAUCUACUUAUUAUGUGUACCUCUGUCCAGAGUUCUUUGUACAUGUGAAGAUCACGACGUCGAAAGAUAUUCAUAGAACGCGUUCAUUCUCUGCGGAGGUGGAACUACUGCUUUGUGACCGCGUCCGCGCAACGGCGAAGCACAUAUGCACGACCGAGCACGUCGAAGAGUACUAUGCUGAUUUCUUUGCCGCCUUAUCACGAGCACGACAACGACGAAAAGAGAGCAGAAAAUCAUCAUGAAAAU